ACAAAAAUUCUAUUAUAUUUCAUAGAAUAAAAAAAACUAACCUCGAACAAAUUAAAAAUGAAACGUUAUAUGUGUAUUUUUACUUAUUUCUUGAGUCUAAACCUACUUAUUUCGUGUAUAAAGCAGGAUGAAUUCGAAAAGCUCAGCAGAGAAAAACGAACGGUUCUAUUACUCUAUGGGCCUUUUGGAGUAUUACAGUUUAUUUUAGGCUUUGGUACCCCGAUACCGGACCUUUUGAGGCCCUCAACUUCUUUGGGAUUUUUUAUGAGAGGGGUAUAUGCAGUGCCAAAAAAUGCUAGCGAGUACACUCAUCCUAAUAUUACGGACAUAAGCAGAAGUUCCCCAAUGUCUAGGUGGGAUAUAUAUCAGGCUUUAGAAAAAGAUUCUGAGAUAGGUCAUGGUGGUAGACCUUGCGUCUUAAGAGCAAUAUGUGAGGCUGCUGAAAUUCCUAUUGACCACAACCAUGGAUUUUUUGAAGAAGUGUUUCACACUAUAUUCACACCUACAAGUACAAACGAAAAAGUUCGAGAUCACUCGGAUAAUGAGUACUUAGCGGCGUAUCAGAUAGGGAAAAAGUCUAAACAAAAAGUAUGCAAACAGCUCUUCCCAGAAUGCAAAGUGACAUUUUUAGAUUUAUUUACGCACUUGUUUGGAUAUUGGGAUAAUGAUUAAUAUUAAUUAUAAAAGCAAA